GACAAAUGACAGUAAUUUGAGUUUUGUCAAAAAAAUGACAAUUGAUUUGGCAGUUAAAAUAUUCUAUAUUUUGAAAUCAAUCUGAAUUUUUGCAAACUAUUUAUGUAUUCCGUUACACAAUGCCGUCGAGAAUAGAAGCUCCAAUGAACCACUGUGUGAAUCUUCGCCCUCAUCAAGAAGACCUCCUACAACUAAGCGAAUUGGCUGGAAUUCAUAUGGAUAAAAAAGUAUUUAGGCUGAUUAUGGAAAUGCUCAACAUGGGAUUCAAUGCAGAAACGAUUUACAGUUUGUUAAAGUAUAUCAAGAAUUCUAGGACCAGAAAACCUAGAGUAUCACUGACAAAAUCCAAACAGAAAUAAAUACAUCCAGCUAAUAGGUAAAAACUAUGUAUGUAUAGAAACCAUUAAAAUGCACUUGAUUCUAUCAUAGUAUUAAUUUUUUUGGUAUUGAAAAUGUAUUAAUGAAUUUGUAAUAGUUAAUAUGGCUGUGUUCAAAUUUGUUUGCUGGAUUCUGAAGAUAGGGAAUAACUCCCUUAUAUUUUUAUGGAAAAUAUAUUUGUUCUUUUACUAUAAGAAAUUCAAAAUUUAUGAUACCUAUAUAUAGAUCUUUGAAAUUAUUUUUGUUAUAAUUUAAAAUGAUUAUUGUAUUGUAAGAAAUAAAUAAUGCAUUCAUUACAC